UGAAUUAUUUUUAUUUCAGUGGAUGAGUACAUUCACGUUGCGAAGGAGAAGUAUGGCUACAACACGGAACAGGCACUUGGAAUGCUGUUUUGGCACAAAUACAAUGUGGCCAAGUCGCUAGCAGAUUUGCCUAAUUUCACACCAUUUCCGAGCGAGUGGACUGUUGAAGAUAAGGUUCUGUUUGAGCAGGCAUUCAGCUUCCAUGGAAAGAGCUUUCACCGAAUCCGACAAAUGCUCCCAGACAAGUCUAUAAGCACUCUUGUACGAUACUAUUACCAAUGGAAAAAGACAAGAACACGAACCAGUCUGAUGGACCGGCAUGUACGCAAGCUGACGUCUGCCCAAAAGGAUAAUGAUGAGAAUGAAAGCGGUGAGAAUAGCAAUGACAGUGACUUUGACCCAGAUAAGGAGACACAAAAGGGUGAUGGGUCCAAGAGCGGCUGUUCAAAUUGUGCUGCAACCAUGAGUCAGCUGCAUACAACCCCAAAGGGUCAGUUUUGCAACCAGUGCUACAGUUAUUGGAGACGAACUGGUGUAAUGCGAGUCCAUACUGGCCCAGUGCGUAAUGAAUCGCACAGUUUGCGCCAUCAUCCCGUACGCACGAGAAAGAAACCACCCAAGGGGAUGUACAUCAAUGCUGAUGACUUGAUGGUGAUGACAAAUGCUGCACAGUCGGAGAUCAUCUUCAAGGAGUUGGAUACAGAAAUGACCAAUAAGAAGAGAGAAGUACAAUACAAUAAACAGCUUCUAAGCCAACAACGCAAUAGUAUGACCGACAAGUUUGAAGAAUACCGUCCUCAAGUUUCGACUCAGCGAAAUAACGUACGAUGGACGAAUGAUGAACUACUGUUAGCUGUGCAAGCUGUCAGAAAAUAUGGAAAGGAUUACCAAGCAAUAGCUGAUGUUGUUGGUAAUAAGAAUAUUCAGCAAUGCUCUAGUUUCCUGGUGAACUACAGAAGGCGCUUCAACUUGGACCAGGUCUUGGAAGAGUAUGAGGCUGACCAGGCUGCUAGCAAUGACCACAAGAAUACUGAGUCAGUUUUGUCAGAGAAGCAGUUGCCGUUACCAAGUCAGGUGACUGGAAUGGUAGCCAAUGUACCUCCCCCAUUACUAAGACCAUCCCAUCAACCAUCUCCAAAGACCUCCGUCUCGGCACAAUCAAGAUUUCUACAGCCUCCUAGGUCAGCCCUGCAGCAGCUUCCACCGCCACUAAUUCGGCCGGCAUCUAACCUUCCUCCCAGCCAGCAUAGAGCUCAUCCUGCUAUUACAGGCCCUCUGUCAAGGCCUCCUCAGUUAGUUGGUAAUCAGAAUCCGCAAGAGAGCCCUGUCUCACAGUAAAAGACUUUAAGAAUUUUUUUUUUUAACUCAACAAUUUAAUAGACUGGUAGAUUGCAUCUGUUUUUGUUUGAUUAUUAUGUAAUUAUAAUAUUUAGUUGUUUAUAACAUUUUCGAGGCAUUUUGCAUUGAGUCAUGUAGUUAAGUUUAGUUUUCUAGGGCUCCAGACUUCUGUCAUGGUGACUUUGUUGCUUUUGGGGCCCCAAGGCACUUGUCUAAAUAAAUAAACAAAUGAAAUGAAAUUGAAAUUAUCAAUAUGUUGCUGAAGGUAACACUAAUAUAAUUAAUAUAUUUGAUUUUUCUCAUCUUUUUUAUCUGUUGUAUUUAUUAUUCUAAUAAGGUUAGAAAUUGAUGAUAUUUCUUUUGUUUGCCUCUUUGAUUGAAAGCAUUGAGUUACCUAUAUUCAGGAAUCUUUGUGUACAGUAACAGACUUUGUUUGUCAGGUGAAAUGUUUAAUCAGACUUGAAAUGUUUAGUCAACCCAUGCCUGAGAGACAGAAGUAAGGAACACACUACAUUUGUGUUAACUAUAGCUGAUGUAGCUUGUCAACAUCUGAAUUUGGUGGUACUGUAAGCAUUGGAAUAGUAUCAGCAUGUUAAUUACUCUGUGGAAUCCUUUACUAAUUCAAAUUUGAGUGUACAAUGAGUCAAAAUAGGCCAUAAUGAGAGUGCAUAUUUUCUUUUAAAAAGUUAUAAUUUUAUGAUCAUUUUGACAGUGGUGUAUCUAUGGGUGUGUGUAGUGAGGUUGGGGGAGGGGGUAGUUGCAUGGACCCCUAACAUAAAAAAACUAGCAUCCAACUAUUCGUCCUCCCGCAUUUAAAAUGUUCAAAGCAAAAAAAAAAAACAUGCUCAACAAGUAAUUAUAUUUUACCUCAUAUCACCAUCUUUUGCAAGCUAGCUUUUGCUCACUUAAUCAUCAUAGGGCACCUUUUCACCUUCACACCCCCAUCAGCGCCCCCCCUCCCCAUUUCAAGGCUCCUCAAUAAGCCACUGUAUUUGAUGAUAAAAGUUGAAUUUCUUUGGUUGAACUGUUAACUGCAUCUUUAAAAUCAAUAUUUACCAGUGUUGUCAGUUUGUACAGAAGAGGUGGAUUUGAUGCACACUUUGUACAGUAUAUGCUAGUAAAGAUUAUUUUUGUUGAUUAAUAGAAAAAAUUAAGAAUUAUUAGGCAGUGCUGUUUGAAAAUCAAUCAAUCGAUCUCAUAGUGCAAUGUUUACCUUUAUACCUCCUAAUGUACAUUAUUCAUAGAAUACUUAGUCGGCUGUUUGAGAUUGUAGUUUAUAAAUGCUUGAGUAUAGACACUGAAAAUUUAAAUCAAAAAUUAGCCUGUUCUGGAAUACUCUGCUCCACCUCUUUUCUUUCCUUCUACCUUAUUUUUUGGGGAUUGCGGCCCCACUCUGGAUUCACCCCUGAUAUUAACACACCUUCAUUACAUACAGGAAAGCCUGAUGCACGCUGUGUUGGCAUUUUCACGAGAUGACAACAAUGGCCACACAUUGCGCAAUAAAUAAUUUUCUACAGUAAUUUAUUCAAAUAAGAGUACACUUGUAUAUACUGUAUCAUUAUAAGAAAAAAUAAUGCUUAAAAAGGAAUGACGUUUCGACUCCAUCUUGAAAUUAUUCUCAUGUUCAAGUGACAAAGUGAGAUACAAAAUUAAAGAUUAUAUUUAUAACAGAUAUAUAAUAUACUUGCUCAUAAAUUCCUCUGUUUUUCUCUUGGUCCAGGCCUGAUAUUUCUGCUGCAAAGUUUCUAGUAUUUACACUUGUGUAUCAGGAAUGGCGCCAGGCGGGGUGGGGGGGGGGGGCUACUGCCACCUCUCCUGGUCUCACACUUGUGCCACUCUUGGUAUGUACCCAUUUAAGAAAACUUGAUGUGGCAUCUUUAACCUAGUGUGUAGAUAUUUCAUAUUUCAACAAGUUGUGACUUACAAGUUAAUAUUGUGUGCUUAUUACAAUGAGAUAGUAAUGCAAAAAAAUAACAUUUGAUAUAGCAUUGUUUUAUUAAUAAUUAAUGUUAAAUUAGUAAAAGAAAUUCAUGCAUUCUAUAUUUAUUUAUUUAUUAAUUUUUUUUUUUUUUUUUUUUUUGUGGAACCUGUAGAAAGAAUGUUUUUUUUUUUUCUAGGAAAUAUUGUUUUUAGUCAAGUUAAGUAUUCUAAUAUUAUAGAUUCUUUUGAAUUUAUCUAUGUGGAUGCUAUUAAAUGUUUCUCAUAAAUGUAAUUUUGUAUAUCAACAUAUCAAUACCACUUUCGGGUAUUUAAUAGAAGGAUACCGGUAUUAAUUUCUUUGUCUGGAAAUUUAAGCGGCAAUCCAAUAUAUUACCCUCAAAGUGGUAGGUGCCUUUAGUGAAGCCCUUUAAUAAUGUUCACAUUUCUGAUCAGAAGAGCCUGUCUAACUGAUUGACUUGUUCACAUACGUUGAGCGAUGAAUGCUUGCUUACCUAAACCACAAUUUGCUGCUCAAUUUAGUGAAUAUAUAAAUGUUAUUUUAGCAUUUACUUAUUUAUGUGUAAGUAGGAUACAUUGCCUGUUUUAAUGAAGUUGGUGGUGUAUAUUAUUUUGUUCGUAAGAAAAAUAAAAGAAGCAAAAAAAAUGUUUCGAAAUGCUGUUUACUUGAUAAUAGGUAACAAUGUUGAAUUCAAGUUGUAAUAAAAUGUAAUGAAAAAUAUUGAAUU